CUAUCUUACAAAGUAGGCAUUGCUUGGAGAAAAAUAUAAUGCUUGAAUUUUUUAAGCCAUUACUUGGCAUGGGAUUAAUUACUGCUCCUGAUACUAUAAUGGGUGUCAAGCUGGAUUGGGGAAAAAGUGAUCAAUUUACAAAAGCAUUUUUGAGAAUCAAAGAAAUUGUUAAAUACAGACUGCAAAAUCCGUUUCUAUUGUCUGAUAUUAUAUUUAAUUUUACUGCUUUGGGACGCGAACAGCGAAAUCAUCUGAAAACCUUUCAUUCUUUCAUUGAUGAGAUUACAUAACAACAAAUACGUGAAAUAAAUAAAUUGGAUGCAACGAAAACUAAUAGUAAUACAUUUCGAAAAAUCUUUUGCGAUAAUGUAAUGAAAGAAUUAUGUCAAAGAAGAUUCACUCAAAAGACUAUUCGUGAUAACAUAAUUACAAUAAUAUUUGCGGCCAUUGAUACGACCAGUAUGACAUUAUAUUUCGUGAUCUUUAUAUUAUCAAAUUUUCCAGAAAUACAAAAUAAACUCUAUAAAGAAUUAUUAAAAAUUUAUGGUACGGAAAAUUUAAAAUCAGCACCAAUUAAAUAUGAGGAUUUACAAUAUAUGAGUUAUUUGGAAUGUGUCAUCAAAGAAACUAUGACAAUUUUUCCUACUGUACCUAUAACUGGACGGAAGACAACAAAAGAUGUAAAGAUGGGAGAAUUUAUUUUACCAAAAGGCGCUAAUAUCAUCAUAAAUUCAAUGUUGAUGCAUCGCAAUAAAAAUUAUUGGCCGAAUCCAUGGAAGUUUGAUCCAGACAGAUUUCUUCCAGACAAAAUGAAUAAUCAUUCAUAUUAUUACCUUCCUUUUAGUGAUGGGCCUAGAAAUUGUAUUG